GUCAAUUUGACCCCCUUCAGCUACCUCCCUUCCACUCCGAGCCUGAUCGCCUGAUCUACUACGAUCACCUUCCCCGAGCAGUGAUUGAAAUUGCCCAGCGAAUUGCGUGGUUGGGUACCAGAUAUUCUAAGUUUUGCCAAUGGUAUAUGAUAUCAAUCAUGGACUGUCACACAACCGACAUUCGACUGUGGAGGUUUAUGACCAACACUCAAAUCUGCCGAGACGCGUCAUACCCUACUAGUAUACAUACCAGAAUCGAAUUACUUCUCUAUUCUAGUACUUUUUCUGGUGGUCUCAAUGGACAAAUUGAGCGAAGACAAGAAAGGAUGCCAACAGUGGAGCAGGUUAACGUAUCUCGCGUGGGUUAGCUAUAUGGUUAUGAUCGCCCUCUGUGUGCUUGCCAUACCGAAAUGGGGUCGCAACCAAGUAGUGGAGACAGGGCCCGGGUCGUGCGACCCCAAAUCGGCUCGCAGAUCAGCGUCUACCCAAUCAAAAAUCCCACUUCACUUGCAUACACUUUCGAGAUGUUUUCAACAGUGACACGCAAUAUGGCGAAAUAUGGUAAUAUUCAGUUCUUGGGCAGGAAGGAUUCUAGAGUAGAGACAUCAACCUAUAAGUAGCUACUGUCGUGCAUCCCACUCCUCUCUUUUUAGGGCCAUCAUAUUACUGGUUUCGUUCUAUCUUAUAUUGAAUUAAGCCUUACCUACAAGACCCAUAACAAACAUGUCUCGACACUUUGCGGCUCGGGUGAUUUAUCAGACGGUACGCGGAUAUCAAGGCCAAGCUCUACCCUACAAGACCAGCAUUGUAUAUGAUGGAGUAAGGGGUAUCCCUAAGAGAGUACCUAAACUGUCGGUAGAGCCUUCGCAAGAUUUGCUCCGUUCUCUACUUCAAGGCUAUACCCCUACCUUCCGGCGUCAUCCUCUGGGGAUGGAAGCAGACGCUGUCAUAAAAUUGACCCCGCGGCAGCAGAUGUGUUACUAUGAUGGAAAAAUGUUUGGCGGAUACCUCGCCUUGCUCUUAGACCGUAUCCUUGCAGACUGCUGCCGGCCUGCGGUCACAGCAUACCUCAACACGUCUUUUGCGCAGUCUGUUCCACCGGAUGUUCCGAUUCGCCUGCGUGCAUGGCCAGAGAGAGUCGAAGGACGUAAAGUCUACCUCACGGCGUCCAUCCAGAUCCCUGGAAAAGUGGAGGGUGAAUUCAUUGACGCUGUUCGGGCGAAUGCAUUGUUUGUGCGACCCCGAAGUUGAAUGCAAGCAACCUGGGGUUUUAAGAAUCGUUGCUACGAGUUGGCGUGUACUUGAAAGACCGAUUUUCCAUUAAUGCCGCGAUGGAUUCUUUUACUUGGACUUAUCGAGUUUACUCCUGUUAUACCAACACGAAUCGUUAUCAUCCUGAGAGAAUUAAAUCACGUCCCCAAUAUGUUAUCCACUGCAAUUGGUCUACUUAUUACUUUAACUUGACUCCUUAACAAGGAACAGGGUCCGCCCCGCCUUUGAGUAGGGCAGAGAUAGUUAAGAAACGUUUUGGAUAUUUUAUUGAAAUCUUUUCUCUAGUAGCCAUCAUGAUACGCUGAGCGAUGUCUUCGAGCCUUUUGAAGUGACGAG